AUGCCUAAAAUUACCAAAAAUCUACCAAACGAACACAUACACAGUCCAAGUUUUCUCGUUGACAAGUUUGGUAAAUACAAACCAGUUGUGGUUAUGAGUCUUCUAUUGAAUGCCAUCUUCCAUCAUUCAUUGCUAUUUAUACCGCAACAGGAAAUACCGGGUGUUGUUCCGUCAGCAUUUGUAAUGCGUCAUCCUGACAGCGGUGAUAUUGAGGUCUGGUGGUCACCCUGUCCUAGUCGUGAAUGCCCUGAAGAACCUGAACUUGAAUUGGCUGUAAAUCAAUGUGUUGAUUACUGUUUGUUGCAAGAAUCAGCAACUACUACAACUACAGCCUCAACAUUAUUCAGUCCAUCAACAGGGUAUUAUGCGGUAACCGACAAAAUAGCAAUACAUAAAACUCAACCAACAACAACUAGUAAGCCAUUUCUAGCAACAUCAGCAGUAGCAUUACCAUCCUCAUCACCAGCAUCAGCAGCAGAAUUCCCAACGAGUACAACAAUAUCACAGCCAUUGGGUAUUGCCGAUGGCGCAGCAACACAAACACCAACAGCAACAACAACUAGAAGUAUAUUCCAAGAUGUACUUAAUAUGUCAGCGACAAUGUUCCCGCCCGUAGUGACAUCUUUAUCCUCAAUGUCUAUGUUAGAACAGCAAGAUUGGAAUCCUGUCAAAUAG